AUGUCCCACGAACAGCCUUAUGACCCUUAUAUCCCUGCCGGUGGUAAUACCGCCACCGCGGGCGCAGGCGCCUCCCAGAAUGGCAACCAGCGAACCGCCGCACUGCAAGCGCAAAUCGACGACACUGUCGGUGUCAUGCGCGAAAACAUCAACAAGGUCUCCCAACGUGGUGAGCGCCUUGAUUCCCUGCAGGACAAGACCGACAACCUGGCCGUAUCAGCCCAGGGCUUCCGUCGCGGCGCCAACCGCGUGCGCAAGCAGAUGUGGUGGAAGGAUAUGAAGAUGCGUACAGUCAAGUGUCUGCUCAACGCCAGCCGUCCAGAGCAACGCGAGGCUCUGGUAGGCUAUCCGCUGGCCGGCGCCUUCGUGUCCGAGUCGGAACGAAGUGCAGAAGGCCGGCAAGCUCAGACAGAGUGGAGGAAGUGGAUAGGAGAACCACGCAACGCACGAGUCACAGGCACCGAUGCGAUCAGAUAA